UGAAGGUUUCUCGCUGCUGUUUUCCCACAUUUAUGGCUGAGAUGAUGAAUGUGAGCAACAGCUCACAUCUAUCAACUUUGUGGUUUACUGUAAACGGAGACAAAUACAGAUUUUCGAAUAACAACAUCCGGAGAAACAUGGAGGACACUACUGGCAGUAAUCCCCAAUCUCUUGGAUUUACAGAGAAAUUAAAGUCUUGGCUUUCUUGGUCAUGGACUUACGUGUGCUUCAUUUGGUUCGGCAUGGUGCUGAUCAUGAUAUACGUGCUGUGGAGCCCGCUGAAACUGCAGGAAACUCUUACCUCAGCCUCAGUGUUUUUAAAUACACUGACCCCUAAAUUUUAUGUGGCUCUCACUGGAACCUCCUCUCUCAUCUCUGGACUCAUCCUUAUAUUUGAGUGGUGGUAUUUUCGUAAAUAUGGGACCUCGUUCAUUGAACAAGUGUCAGUGAGCCACCUGCGUCCUCUCCUGGGAGGAGUGGAGAGCAGCUCCACCACUGGUCUGUUCUCAUCAGUUAAUGGAGAAGCAGAGCCUAGGCCCAGUGUUUCAGAGUGCAAGGUCUGGAGGAACCCUUUGAAUCUGUUCAGAGGAGCAGAAUACAACAGGUACACCUGGGUAACAGGGAAGGAACCCUUAACGUACUAUGACAUGAACCUGUCUGCUCAAGACCAUCAGACCUUCUUCACAGGAGAUACUCAACAGUUAAGACCAGAAGAUGCUGUGAUGCAGAAAGCCUGGAGAGAGAGAAAUCCUCAAGCCAGGAUCAGAGCAGCUUACCAGGCCAUAGAAAUGAACCAUGAAUGUGCUGCAGCCUAUGUGCUCUUAGCAGAGGAAGAAGCCACCACUAUCACAGAAGCUGAACGACUCUUCAAAAAAGCUCUAAGUAUUGCUGGGAAAGAUAUCAACCUACUGGUCUACAUUAAACGCAGACUGGCAAUGUGUGCACGCAAGCUAGGACGGAUUAAAGAAGCAGUGAAAAUGAUGAGAGAUUUAAUGAAGGAAUUUCCACUGUUGGGAAUGUUAAAUAUACACGAAAACCUCUUGGAGGCACUUCUAGAGCUUCAGGCAUAUGCUGAUGUCCAAGCAGUCCUUGCCAAAUACGAUGACAUCAGCUUGCCAAAAUCAGCUACUAUAUGCUACACAUCUGCACUGCUGAAAGCACGGGCUGUGUCAGAUAAGUUUUCUCCAGAGGCGGCGUCCAGGCGGGGACUAAGCACAGCAGAGAUGAAUGCUGUGGAGGCCAUACACAGAGCUGUUGAGUUUAAUCCACAUGUGCCAAAGUACUUAUUAGAGAUGAAGAGUCUGAUCCUGCCUCCAGAGCACAUCUUGAAGAGGGGUGACAGUGAGGCAGUGGCAUACGCUUUCUUUCACCUGCAGCACUGGAAGAGGGCAGAGGGAGCCUUAAACCUACUACACUGCACCUGGGAGGGCACCUUCCGGAUAAUUCCUUACCCACUGGAGAAGGGUCACCUGUUUUACCCUUACCCAGGAUGCACAGAAACAGCAGAUAGGGAACUACUGCCCUCUUUUCACGAAGUGUCUGUGUACCCAAAGAAAGAGCUCCCCUUCUUCAUCCUCUUCACAGCAGGCCUUUGCUCCUUCACUGCCAUACUGGCCAUGCUCACACAUCAGUUCCCUGAGCUCAUGGGUGUCUUUGCCAAAGCAUUCUUCAGCACACUCUUUGCACCCCUGGGUUUCUUCGCAGACAAGAUGGAAAGCUUCAUGCCGUCCAGUUUUUGGCACCAGCUGACUCGGAUCUGACCCCAUCUCACACACACACACACUCACACCGCACACAGAGACACACAUAUACACACCAGUACCACUCCAAACCCUCAGACAAAAAGUGUUUGCUCUCCUGUCUUCAGCAUUACUGUCCACUUGCUGCACUGUUACUGAUUAUGUUGGCUGAGGUUGUAUCAACAUGACAAUACCGCUCUUAAGAUGCUCUCCCACAGCAGCCAGAGUUUUUCCAAGAAUACAUUUAGAGGGUACUAUUUGCACCAAUUUCACAAGGCCAUUCAUUUGUUAUCAUGUUAGCACAGGGCAAUUCAAAGUUAUUCACUAUCCAACAAAGCCUGGCUUUGAAUUUGGCACAAACAUCUAAUUACAAAUUUGUCAGAGGCACUUGUCUAUUUAUUUACAAUUAUAAAUUAAAUCACAAAUGAACUAAAACUACAUGUUUUAUGGUCCAUGUGGCAUUUGGGUUGGGAACCUACGUGUCCUAUACGAACCCUCUGUGCCCCGCAGACAUCUAGCCGAACAGAUUUUAGAAGUCUGUGAGACCUCCUUAAAACAGAGCUGUGAUUUACAGCCUUGGAGUGGCUGCAGUGUAUACAACACCUCUGCAGUUCAACAGUUGUUACCAUGGUAUGACACCUCAGCACUAUAUCACUGGGGCAACCGCCACCCCCACAACAUCGAAAUGUAAAUGGGAUCAUCACUGGUCACAGUAAGGCCUCUCAUGGCAUCACCCAUUUCUUCUGAUUGCACUACACACUGUUAUAAGUCAGUGUGUUGGCCAACUGGCAAACAACAAUUACACAGGCACCCAUUACAACAGACAAAGCACAGUCAAUGUAAUAAAUACCUGUAAUUCAUAGCAUUGCAAUAAUUCUAAAUAUAUUGUAUCAGAGUUCUUCAAUGAGGGAUAUUAACCCUCAAUAGCAAAGUAAGACUUAUUUUACUUAAUACAAUUACAAAAUUUGUGUCUGUUGGCCAGAAAUGGUACAUGUGUUGAUUCUGCUGUGACUGGGUUAGUUCUUACAUUUUUUCCUCUAUGACAGAUUUGCUUUUCUCUGUUCUGUUAAACUAAAUAGGCUGAGAUACCAGAAUCACCUUGUUGUAAAGCAUAAUGUAAGAACUAUCUGACAGUAUAGCAACUUUACAGAAACAAAUGUGCCUGGUAUGAAAUUGUAAUAAAACCUGGAAAUGUAGUAUACAGUAUAUCCAUAUUCUCCACGAUGGGGAUAAAGUAAGACUGUAAAAAAUGUAAUAUUUGAAGUUUAUUUAAAAAAAAAAAACAUCUACUUUGAUGUAUAGUAAUAUUGUGACGUCACAUCAUCCCAACAAUUUAUUACAGAUAUUAACAGGUUAUAUUGCAUUUUUAAACCAUUUAACAUGGACAUGUUUGUUUGACUUUGUCAAGUUUUGUUACUUGAUAGCUAUUACAUUAUAGGCAGCUAUGAAAAUCUACAGCUCAUGCCUCAGGAUGAACUGUGAGAAACAUCAUUCGGACACCUCUUCACUCCAUGUGCGAUUACACAAAAAAAAAAAAAAAAGGUGCCUUUUUAGUACAU